GCCUCCAACGCCUUUCCGACACGCAGUCCACGAAACUGUUCAGAACCGUCCAAAGGCAAACUCGAUCCUAAAUAUCGUUUCCCUCCAACGCGAGAUCGCGAAAGCUUUCGCCAAAAGUCGCCGAAUAGUUCGGGAAAAAUUGUUUAUAAGCGAAACCAAAAAAGUAAGAUAAAUUCAAUCCAGUGUUCGCGGGGCGUACGUUUCGUUCCAAAAGGAAGGGUUGCUUUUUCGUGGAAAUUUGGAGCACCGGGACCAUGAAGGGUGGCACAAGGAUCCAGAUCAUCUCGAUCCUCUCGGUCGUCCUGAGUGUCCUGGUUUCGGCACAUGGACUUACCACCUUUGGGAAAACAAAUCCGCAAAACCAAAACCAAAAUCCGCCUCCACCCCCAACACCGGUCGGAAAAGCAAGAGAAUGCAGAAUGGAGUCUGAUUGUGCAGGUAUUCAGAACACCACGUGUAUGUCAGAUCCACGAGAUGGAAGGUACAGGUGCCUUUGCGGAGAUUAUACAGCACCAAUCAACGGUGUUUGCAACAACAAAUUUAAAGCGAUUCGAGCUCCUUGCAACGAGGAUUCGGAAUGCAGCGAGGGUGCUAAUUGCGUUCAAGGAAACAACACCCAAGGAAAACGAUGUUACUGUAUGGAAGGAUAUUACGAGGAGAACUUAAUGUGCAGUGGCUCGGAGUCAGUAUUCCGAAUCUCUUCGAUUUCGCUUUUGAUCCUCACGGCGAUUUUGGCAAGAUUCAGCUACUCGUAAAUCCCGCGAAUUCUCGCAAAAGUUGUGAGAAGUGAUAGAAGAAUGUAUGAUAAUGCGAUUAAAAAAAAAAAGGAGAAACUCGCGAAGAUUCCAAUCGGAGUCACGUACAUAUACCUCGAAUAAUUAGUAAAAAAUUAUUCUAAUCAGAAAACUACAAAAUAAUCAGUAAACAUAUUAUUUUUCUACUCUCUUUCUCUGCCUCUAUGUACAUGCGUAAACUCGCUUAUUGUCGUAUUUAACGCGUUUUAAAAGGAGAAAAAAUUACUGUAAAUAUACAUGACUUUGCCGUAAAAACGCAUCAAGGCAAUUAUUGACUACGCCGAUUAAUUCCAUGUAAUAGUUUACCAAACUAUUGUAAAUGCGUUUGUUGCUUUCGAGAAAGUCGAAUGUCUUGAUGUCGCAGUUAAACAAUUUCGGAAAUAUAAUAUAUAUAUAUAUACAUAUCUACAUGACUCCGAUAAGUUUUUAAAAGCUACAUGAGUUACGUGCCUCUGUGUACGAUAAGCGUCAUUGCAUUUUGGAGAGAAUUUCGAUGAUCGAUUGAUUUUCUCCCCAAAGUAGUGAACCUGUUUUCAUGUAUAAACGUUUGUAUCGGAUUAUUAAUGCGAAUUGUAUUAUACAUAACAACGGUGCUUUCAUCUGAAAUGAAAUUUGAAGCGCAUUUUUGGAAUCUGUCUUUUAAUAUUCCAAUGAAUGGAAGAUUGCUGAUAAACAAUCACCGAAAGACUCCGUUCAAUAUCGCACUUUGAGUUCCAAUUGUAUAUUAAAAUUAUAUAAAAUUAGCUAAGACGAAGACGAGCGAUGUAAUACCGAACACCAGAUUUUGUGUAUAAAUUUGGUAAUUUAUCGCAUUGCUUCGUACUAACUCGUUCAAUUUUUUUUUUAUCGCUUGGAAAAUAAUGAUUUAUCACAUGGAAAUAUAUUAAGCAUAAUUUUAGUCACUCGAUUUCAUAGAAUGAAUCGUUCGAUGUUCAAAUAUUUCGUGCACGAAUUAAACUCGACAACAUUCAACUAGUAA